UCCCCUUAUUCUCCUCUAGCCCUUUUUCUGCUCCAGUAAGCGAUCACCCCUCGGACAGGGCUGCUCCGCAAGGCUUCUCCCUGCCCAUGCCACCACCAGCCCCCUCAGCCGCGGCCGCUGCCUCUGGGCGCUGCCCGCCGGCGAGAGCUAACGGCGACUCCCGCGGGAACGCGGGGCCGUCAGCGGGCACUAGUGAUGGUGGGCGAGGCUGCUGGUGGUUUUUUAAGGACACACCAGCAGCAGGAGAGGCGUCUCCUCGCCAGGGCGCCCCCCCUUCCGCGCACCUGGCCAGCCCCGAUGCGGAGCGCCGGGCUUUCCCCGCCCGGGAGCGCGGCAGGCCGAGCCCUGCUCCGCGGAAGGGCUGGUGCUCCGCCCGGCGCGGCUCCGCGGCGAGGCCGCGCCCCCAGCGCAGCUCAGCGCAGCUCCGGGCCGGCCGGGCCGGGCGGCGGCGCAGCCGGGGCCGCCCCGGGAAGGGCGGGAAGGGCGGCGGGGCGGGGCGGGGCCGGACGGGGCAGUGCCGAGCCGAGCCGAGCCGAGCCGCGCCGAGCCGAGCCGCGAUGGAGGGUGCCGAGGCGGCCAGCCUGCUGGGGGAGCGCAGCGUGGAGCCGCCGGCCCGGUUCAAGACGUACCGACGGCGGUGGCUCCUGCUGGCCGUCGUGUGCCUGCUGAACUGCUCCAACGCCAUGCUGUGGCUGACGUUUGCUCCUGUGGCUGAUAAGACAGCUGCUUACUUCCACAUUUCCUUGGAGAUGGUCAACUGGCUCUCAAUGUUGUACCUUCUCAUCUCAAUCCCGUUUGGUCUGGUGGCAACAUGGGUCCUCGACAGUGUGGGGCUCCGAUGUGCUGUGCUCCUGAGCGCGUGGCUGAACAUGGUUGGUAGCAUCACCCGGAUGUUCAGCGUUCUGAAGUUCCUGAGCUUGGGUUCCCAGAACUACUGGUACCUGUUUAUUGGACAGUGCUUCUGUGCAUUAGCACAGCCUCUUAUCAUCUUUUCACCAACAAAGCUGGCAGCAUUGUGGUUCCCAGACCACCAGAGAGCAACAGCAAAUAUGAUUGCAUCAAUGUCCAAUCCCUUGGGCAUUCUUAUAGCAAAUUUGUUGUCACCUGCACUAGUUCCUGAAGGAAAGCACAUUCCAUUGAUGCUGGGUAUUUAUGCUGUCCCAGCAGUAACAGCCUGUGCUCUAGCAACUCUGGGAAUUCGUGAGAAGGUGCCGCCAACGCCUCCGUCAGCCAGUGCCACUAACUCCAACUCACAGCCAUUCUUCACAGGGCUCAAAAUGCUCCUGAGAAACAAGCCAUACAUCAUCCUGGCAGUGUGUUUUGGAGGAGGAAUUGGGAUGUUCACCUGCUUUUCAGCUCUGCUAGAACAGAUCCUUUGUGAAAAGGGGUAUUCAAAUGGUUUUGCUGGCCUGAAUGGUGCACUGUUCACAGUCUGUGGUUUGUUGGGUGCUUUCCUACUAGGCAUUUAUGUCGACCGGACAAGGAAGUUCAUAGAGUCCACCAAGAUCAGUUUCUGUCUGAGUGCACUUGCCAGCAUCAUGUUUGCAGUGGCCUCUCGGUUCAGACAUCAGGCUGUCACGCUGGCCAUCACCAGUUCGCUUUUCGGUUUCUUUGGUUUUGCCAUCUACCCCAUUGCCAUGGAGCUGGCUGUGGAGUGCUCCUACCCUGUAGGAGAGGGCACAUCUACAGGCCUGAUUUUUGUUGCAAGCCAGAUUGAGGGUGUGAUUUUAAUGAUUCUUCUACAAGCUCUCACUGUCCGUGUUUCGGAGGAUCCAUUCUCCACCUGUGCCCUUGACCAGGAUGGAGCCCUGGACUGGACAACUCCGGUACUGGUGCUGGCUGGCCUCUGCAGUGGUAUGGCUUGUUUCUACGUCAUUUUCUUCCACACUGACUACAAGCGGCUCCAUGCUGAGACAGUCAGUGCUGAUUUGGUCAAGGCGGAAGAUGCAGUGACAGCACACGUUCCUGAAUCCUAAACAGGCCAAAAAGGGGAUGCCAAGGGCCAAGAACUCGGACUAGUGGGCAUGGACCAAUCCUGAGGUGAUGCACUGGGAUAUCCGUGUCAUGUUGCACUACAAGCAAGGACUAGAGCAAAUAGCACCUUUGCUGUGCAUCUCUCAGUCUUGUGUUUAUUUGGGGAUCUGGGCUGUUAAGAAAGGCUGUCCUGCCAGAAAGGUCAAAGUGGUAAUGGACAGCUGUGCACGCAACUAAAGUUUUUAGCUGACUUGAUUCAAGCUAAAGAAAUGUCACAGUGGAGGGCAGCAUCAUAUUUCAGCGAUUUUUCAAUUUUCAUGUACUUGGAUCAAGGAUGAAGGUUUCAGAAAGAUGGAAGCUCUGCCUACAACAAACCCAGAAGAAAACUUCUAUUUAAGGACUGCGGUACACCAUAACAACUCUUCCGCUCAUGUUGGAGCUAAUUGUGCCUUUUAGCGAAAGGGCAGUAGAAGCUAGAGCAUCCUUCUGUUCCAGUGGGGAUAUUAAGUAUGUGAUCUGUAAUACAAGUCUGUUUCAAGGAAUCACUUUGUCUUCUACAAGAAAAGGAAAGCCUUGCCCAUAGUGGUGCCUGUAAAAGAAAAUAUUAGUAAGCAGCAGAAGUUAAAUACAGCAGCAUUUAUCAUCCCUCUGGUUCCCUGCUAAAUGCUGAGACAUUCAGGAUUAGCUUGUUUUACUCGAGAUUCUGUUUCUUCAGCUCUCUUGCAUUUUCAGUGGUUUAAGUUUUCCACAACAAGAAGUCUUCCACUGCUGGUUUAGUAUUAGACUAAUGUGAUGCUCUCUUACAGGGCAUCAUACUUUGGGCAAUGACACCAUAGUGCCUGGCGUGGUGGAAGCUGGCAGAAGAACUGGCAAAGGUGCUACUUCAGUGCAGGGACUUGCCAUAAGUUUCUGUGGGUAAUGGGGGCUUUGGGGAGGACACCAAGAAACAGCAUCAACAAACACUUUGCAGUUCUCUCUGCAACUGACAUCUAUUCUUCAGUGUUAGGUGAGAUAGGAAGUGACACAAAAGAUCCCACUUGGAGUUUAGUUACACUGACAAUUACAAUGGGUAUGACUGGAAUUUUCAUUUUACAGUACUUCCACAGCAGUGUAUUGUCCUGCUUUGGAAUUCAGGUCUAGGUGUACAACCUGAGAAAUUCUUACUAUAUAACAUGUGGUAAAAAAAAAAAAUUAGAUCGUUGGGAUUUUGUGAUGCUUCAUAUUAUAUGUAUUUCAAGGGAAUCUGAUUAAGGGGCCUUGAUACAAAUUGAACCUGUGACUAGCUUUAUCCAGUCCAGCUAGAUGAUCCCAAUGCCAAGAACACACUGACCCCAAGGAACACUACAAAGGAGCUCUCUCGGUGCUUGAAUUCUCUUCCCCAUUAGCAACUGGAAGGCUCUCCCUUUGUAAAACACCUCUUUGCAUCCUUCUAAGGAGCCUGCUCAUUCCUACAGCUCCAGCCUUGUUCUAACUAGUAAGCACUGAUGUUUGUCAAAAGGAGCAGGAAAGAAGUCUGAAGCCAAAGUAAAACAAGAUUGUUUAAACCUGUCAGAGGAAUGAGAUUAGCUGUCUUUUGCAAAACUAGCUGGUCAGUUCUGCAGACCUGGAACUAACACAUCAAACAGAUUAACACCAAAUUUACCUAGUACUUCUGAAUUCCACUGUACUGGGAAGCAAGAAGCACUUCAUACUUUAUAAUUUUAUAUAUUUACAAAUUUUUAUGUUUUUUAAUAAAGGGUGGUUUAAGAAAA